GGGUGGCAGCCAUAUCUGCACCUACGGACUGCAAGUUGCUGCUUUGAUCUUCAACAUUGACGGGGGAUCCGACUUUGUACUUUGGGGUAGAUGUUGACCCUCCUAGAUGAUAGGACACUAGUGUAGAGGAUGCUAAUUGGGUCAGGACUAUGUGAGAGGGGGGUGAGCUUUUCAUCUCAAGAGCCCGGCCACUCAGCAGAUUGGAAACUGCAGAUGGACGCUGCCCCUGAGGCAGAAAAACCGCAGUAUCAGUUCUUCUACGAGAAAGCCUUGAAGAGGGAGGAGGAAGAGAAAGAGAGAGAGAGAAGGGAUAAGGUGCAGGCUCACGAGGCCGUCCUUAGCACCGUGUCCACUCUGACUGAUGAGGAGGUAGAAGAGAAAACGGUUCCCCUCCUCAGAGCCUUAGCAGGGGUCCAGGUUGCUGAGGACCAUACUGGCCAACUCGCACAGGUGUUUAAGCAGCUCAAGGAGUUGCGCGAAGACAUGGCCAAGAUGGCGCAGCAGCACCGCGAUCAGCUGCAACAGUUUGCUAGUUCGCAGCAGGCUCAAAUCGUCUCUUUACUCACCUACCUUGCCUCCAAUGCUGCGUGUCAGUCCAAUUUUGCCCCUCUGAAUACGUCUACUUCUUCUCCUUCAACUUCUUCUUCUUUGAGUGUGGUUAACAGCCAAAGCGGAUCUGCAGCAAGUCCAGACCUCGCUGCUGCUGCUGCAGCGGCAAGUGGUGGUGCAGGGACUUCAGGAACUGUUGCAGCCCCGGGCCCGGACCCAGCAAUGGCUGGGACGGGCAACAACUUUGCUUACCUCGACAGAAAGGCGGCACAGAUUCCGUCCAAGUACGACGGAAAAGACGACGUCGAGUCAUGGAUCAGCACCAUGCGGUCCUACUUUGAUGUGUUCGGGACACCCCCAGUCACUCAGUCGUCGGUCCUUGGGACCAAUGUGGAACCUGCCGUGAGAGGAUUUCUAGAAAUCCAAGCUGUAGAAGCAGGCUAUAAACGUAUAGACCUGAACAAAUGGCUAAAGGCUACGCCUGUAGCCACACUUGAGGAUCUCUUGAUUCAACAGUAUGCCGAUCCACAUGCUGCAGCAAAAGCAAGACUUAAGCUUGAUAAACUCAAGCACAGCAAGUAGACUGGCACCAUGCAAAGUCUGCAGCAGUAUGUCAGUAAGCUCUUUGCUACUCCCAAUUUGGAAAUGAUUGCACAGUCUUGCUUGGAUGUGAUAAAAGCAACGGUCCCCU